UCUAUUCUCCAUCUGCCUCUACAAAACUAGUUGUGAUUUAUACCAAUAAUAUCCCAAGGAAGUCGCAGAGAUCCAUGGAGUCUGGUUCAGAGCUCCCAAGCGAAGUUAUAUGCUUUCAGAUACUUGCCAGGCUGCCGGUCAAGUCCCUUAUGCGCUUCAAAUGCGUUUGCAAGUCUUGGUCCUCUCUCAACCGCAGCCCUUCCUUUGUCAAUGCCCAUCGAAACUUCCACCGGAACAACCACACUCAGGUCCUCCUCACCACCUGGGACGAAGCCAUGCUGCAGCAGACCUUCUUCUCCAUACAAAUCAAACAAGGAAGUCCAACGCUCGUCAUCCGCCUUCUAAACCUUCCAACACCUCCAACCAAGAAUGGUGAACGUCUCUACAAUGCACUGAGUGUCAAUGGGUUAGUCUGUCUUUACCUUUCUGACAAAGUGUUUCCCAAUCGAACUGACCAAAACCAUCCCGUUCGAAUACUCAACCCGUGCACCCGAGAGUCUAUAAUUCUUCCUCAUGAUUCUCCUGCAUACAGCGCCAUCCACCUUACACACCACUUCGGGUUCAGUCCUCUUACCAAUGAGUAUAAGGUUCUUCAAGUGAAAAGGUUUCAGCCUCUAAAUUCUAUAGAGGAUAGGAGCAUCAUGUUCAAGAUUUUCAAACUAGGUACAAGUUCAUGGAGGAGAAUAGAGGUAGACCUUAAUGAUGUCCCUUUUGAUCUGCUCAAGUGCCAGUUUGACAGGAGAAGUGUGUGCGCUCAUGGAGCCAUACAUUGGAUGCACACGUCAACGCAGAACAUUAUAGCGGUUUUCGAUCUCGAAGACGAGAGAUUCAGAGCCAUCCCACUUCCUGAAGAUUAUAACUAUGGCAUCCAUGGUAUCAACAAUACCCUUGGGGACAUAGUUGAACUGGAUGGAUGUUUGGCUCUAAUAGGAGACAGGCACCUGAUGCAACAGAACAUGAUGGAGUUAUGGAUUUUGAAGGACUACGAAAACCAGGUUUGGGUUAAGGAGACCAUAAAUUUUCCUUUUUAUUGGGGGGACUUAGGGUACCCUGUCCCUUUGUAUACGAUUCACACUGGUGAGCUACUUUUGCAAUCUUCAAGAUUGCUUAGGCAGGAUCCUGCCCAAGUGAAAGUGUUCUAUUACAACAUGGAGAGUAAAAGUUUCAGAAGUGAAAUUGUUUCACCACGGUCGAGACUUUCAGAUCAUCUUCGGUUGAAAUUGCUUGUUGGCUGUGGUGGUGAUAGCAUUGUCCCCUUAAGAUGAGAGAUUGCCUAAUUUCAUCAUCUAAUUCUAAGCUUCAAUUCAAUGGUUGGUUAUCUUCUAGAAAAUUUGAAGUCUGAACUUGGUGAUGUUUUACCUUCUCACUAUUUGUCAUGUUACUCUCUCCUUUUGCUCUAUUUCUUCAUUUCUCUCUCAUUCACUGCUUUACUGAAGACUGCAAACUAGAGAGUAAUUACAUCAAU